ACCCUUAAAUUUAAGUGGAUGGAGGUACACAGGUCCGUUCACUGUUCACUGGUGGCCAACUGAUCAUACCCGUGAAAUUUUUUUUGUCACCUUUUUAUUUAGUGCAACCACCACGCUACCAUUUCACUGGCCAAAACUUUUUCUACUUGUUGCUGCUCAUGCUAUGUAAUCAAGUGUCCUUAUACAGUCCAAAGGACACCCUUUAUAGUCCACCCAGCUUCAUGUUCUUUAAUGGCAGGUUAUCAUAUCCUCAACACUGAAAGCCCAAGUUAGUGCCUAUAAUGGGGUUGUUGGCGUCACCUUUACUCAAUGCACAUCUUUUGUAGUCACCGUUUUGUCUUCAUGUUUUGUCAUUUUUCAAAAAAAUAUAGGACCCCUCAAAUUCUUUAUUUCAGUAAAUCUCUUAUAAAAGGCUAUGUUUUUUCUUGCUUUGUAUCCUCACAUCAAUCUUCUCACUCAAAACUUCAGCUUUCUUUUUUACAAGCAAUAGUUAAACAUGGUUCAGGGAAGGGGCAGUGCAGAUCUAGUGAUGGUUAAUGUGGCUGCACUCCUGUGCUUAAUGGUUCUCACUGGGCACGUUCACGCAGCAACUUACACAGUCGGCGGCUCUGGUGGUUGGACCCUUAAUAUGGAUAGUUGGCCGAAAGGCAAGCGCUUUAAAGCUGGUGACACCCUAGUAUUCACUUAUGAUCCAACGAUCCACAAUGUGGUGGCCGUGAACAGAGGAGGGUACAGCAGUUGCAUCACUCCAGCGGGUGCAAAAGUUUAUAAAUCAGGAAAAGAUCAGAUAAAAUUAUCAAAGGGACAAAACUUCUUCAUUUGCAAUGUUGCAGGACACUGUGAAUCUGGGAUGAAGAUUGCUAUUAAUGCUGCUUGAACCUUCGGCUUAAGGUUAUCUUUCUUGUAAUAUCCCUGUAUUAGUAGAUUGUGCUACAUGUGUUCAUGUGAGGCUAGCGUUUUCUAGAGUGAUGAUGGGACUGGAAAUAAAACCUGGAUGUUUGUUGUCCUGGAAAAAUCUCGAGUGCUGUCAAACCUUGUUUAAGGUGGAGUCGCUAUCGCCAGUGUUAAAGAUUUAAACAGAAAUGUGGGCUACUAGAUAUUAUGGCCUUAUGGGCCUGCCUUGUUCCUUCGUUUUUUUUUUAUUUAAAAAAUACUGAUUUGACA